UAUCAAUUGUGAUAACAUAACCUACCACCUUCGGACAUUGCACGAAAACAACAGCUCCAAAACCCUUUCGUUCCCGUUUUCUCUCGCAACCUCCUCUUUUUCUCCUUUUUACAGCUAUGUUGGAAAAUGUACAGUUGUUCAUAGCACUGUUCGGAGGCUAUGUCGCAACUUCGAUGAUAUUUCUAAAAAAUCCCCACUUCCUUCACAAAAAGAAAAGAUUGAAAUUCACAUGUACACAUAUAAGUCAUAGAGGAGGUGCUGGAGAAAACUAUGAAAACACAAUGACUGCAUUCAGGAGAGCAGUUAGUUUAGGUACAGACAUGCUUGAACUCGACUGCCAAUUGACAAAAGAUAAUCAGGUUGUCGUAUGCCAUGAUAACAAUUUGCUCAGAAGCACAGGAGUCAACAAAUGUGUAUCAGAAUUCAAUUACAAAGACUUACCUUUGUUGAAACCGAAUCUUCCAGUCGACUUUGAUCCGUUAGUGACAUUUAGAGGUACUGGUAAAGAAGAAGAGAGGCGCAUACCAUUGCUUGUUGAAGUGUUUCAAACUUUUCCUCAAUUGCCGAUCAACAUAGACAUAAAAACUAACAAUAACUUUUUAAUCGGAGAAGUCAACAGAUUAAUUUCUGAACAUCAUAGAGAAGAAAUAACAGUGUGGGGCAGUUUUAGUGAAGGGAUAACAUACAAGUGCUAUUUACAAAAUCCAAAAGUCAAUUUGCUUUUUUCUCUACGAAGAGUUUUUGAGUUGGUAUUGCUUUUUUAUACUGGCCUACUCCCUUUUGUACCACUGAGGGAAACACAUCUAGAAAUAUUUCAGCCAUCUAUGGUUCUCCACCCAUCUUGGCAUAAUCAUAAUAUUAAGAAUGGCCCUCUUCUUUUGUACCUGCCAACUUUUCUUGUGAGAACUAUCGACUUCCUUUUGAUGAGUAAAACUCUUUUUAAACAUUUAGGACAACGAGGAAUACAGACAUAUGUCUGGGUUUUAAAUUAUGACAAUCAGUUCAAAGAAGUAUUUGAACUGGGUGUAACAGGAAUAAUGACAGAUUAUCCCACACGCCUUAUGAAUUUUCUCAAGGAGAAUCCGCAAUACAUUAAAAAAACGCACAGUGUCUCUGCAAUAACCGAAGCCGAAGGAGGCGUGAACAAUUAGCUAAAAGCUUCGUUCGAGCCUUUCGACAAAUAUUCUGGUUUGUGAUAAAUUGAAAUCUACUUUUACCAAAUGUCCAAAAUGGUUGUAGAGCUGUAGUAAGUGAAAUUUAUCGAAUUGUUAAAGUUUUUUUCUUUUUAUUAUCAUUGUUUUGUUGAAAAUUGUUCAAAGUUCUACUAGGAUGUGUAAAGUGUUGAUCUUUGUCCAAAUUUUAAUGUGUUCUAGAGGCUUAGAUAAUAUGGAACUUUUGCCUACUUAAAAAGGUUCAUUAAAUACCAGAAAAAUAAAUGAGUCUGCCUAGUCAGUUCCAACAAAUGUAUAAACAAUUUUAUUUAAGAUUUAAUUAUGAAAAAAUAUCUUGAGAUUUUUUAGUAUUAUUUUUAUGUUAUGUGUGUUAAAAUACAAUCUUGUGUCAUCG